UGGGCAUGUUCUCUGGAGGGUUUACAACUCCUCCCUACUGUGGUGAUGUCAUGCCCAUCAGUGGGAGGGGAUUGAUGACAUCUUGCCCUUCAAUGGGCGGGGCUUGAUGACAUCUUGCCCUUACUAGGCUCUGACUUCACUCUGCCCAUACAUCUUGCCCUUACUUAGUCUGUGGCUUCACUUGCCCUUACUUAGGCUCCUCCCAGAAUGUGUUGGAGAUGGCUCCGUCCUUAAGGCUCCUGCUCCUCUUCAUGCUUUUGCUGAAUGACACAUCCUCCAUUCCAAACAGCGCACCCAAGCGGUCAUAUGAUAUGAUGCAAGGAGUCGAUUGUGUGGGAUGUGUGCUUGUAGUAUCUGUAGUAGAACAACUUGCUCAGAUCCACAACUCUACUGUAAAAGAAGCUCUGGAGAGACUCUGUAAUUACUUACCAGACAAGUUGCAGUUACAAGGCAUUUGCUUUCUGAUUGCUGAACUGUAUGGACCAAGUAUAAUUAAAUUGCUUGAGAGUAAAUUUAAUGCUGAUGUGGUGUGCCAUUCCAUUCAUCUAUGUAAACAGAAGGCAGGUCAGCCACUUUGUCAUGUAUACAAUCUUCCUAAGGUAGAGUGGAAUGAAGCUAUAAAGAAAUCAGAAAGAGUAGCUACAACUCAGAUCCUGAAAAACAUGGAUAGGUUACCAGGCAUAUGUUCACUUCCUCUUCUGAAGAAGCUGUGUGCGAAAAUUAAAUCUUUUAUAAAAAGGCAUUUACCUUAUGAAGACUUUGAUGGAGAUAAAUUUAGUAUUUUUCCGACCUUGAGAGGGUACGAUUGGAGAGGCAAAGACUGCAACGAUGGAGACGCCUCUGUAUAUCCGGGUAGACGCCCUGAUAACUGGGAUGCUCAUGGGGAUUCUAACUGUAAUGGUAUAUGGGGUGUUGAUCCAAAAGAUGGCAUCCCAUAUGAACAGAAAUUCUGUAAUGGUACACAGCCUAAGGGAAUAAUUUUGCUGGGAGAUUCAGCUGGGGCUCACUUUCAUAUCCCUCCGGAAUGGAUUACAGCAUCAAAAUUGUCAGUGGAAGCAUUUUCCAACCUUCCUGAAGCAUUUGCCAAUGAGCUUGACUGGCCUCAGUUUUCAUCAACAACUGGAUUUCUCCGCUCCACAAUUGGAGGAUGGACAGACUCACUCUACCUCCGUUUACAAAGGAGAAAUCGCUGCAACCACAGAGAUUACCAGAGUAUUUCCAAAAAUGGUGGUUCUUCAGGAAACAUUAUGGAUCUGGUUAAAAGCAUGGCAAGGAAUCAACAAGUUGACCAGCCUGCAGUAGUUUUCUAUGAAUUAAUUGGGAAUGAUGUCUGCAACGGUUAUCCUGACACAGUGGAACACAUGACACGGCCAGAGGAAAUGCGCUCCAAUGCUCUACAGACCCUGCAUUAUCUCAACAGUCGCCUUCCCAGAGGGAGCCACGUGAUUUUAAUCGGCUUGGCAGAUGGCCGCUUCUUAUGGGAUAACUUGCAUAACCAAUACUAUCCCCUUGGCCAGUUAAACAAAGACAUCACAUAUGAGCAAUUGUAUACAUUUUUAAGUUGUCUUCAGAUCAAUCCUUGCAAUGGCUGGAUGUCUUCGAAUGGCACACUUAGGAACCUAACCUCAGCGAGAGCCGCACAGCUUUCCAAUGUCCUGAAGGAAAUAGCAAAGUCUCAGAAAUACACCAAUUUUGAUAUUUUCUAUCUGGAUUUCCCACUGAAAGAAAUUGCUGAGGAGUGGCACAAGUUGGGAGGAGAGCCCUGGCAGCUAAUAGAAGCGGUGGAUGGAUUUCAUCCUAACCAGAUUGCUGGUGCACUUGGGUCAAGAUUCUUAUGGGAGAAGAUCAACCGUGAAUGGCCCCACGUCUUUGGGAAAGUGAAUCCAUCUAAUGAUGCAAUUGCAGUAUUAUUCAAAGGUCAAGGGGGGCACUGAUCUCAAAAUAUUAGCUAUUAUCUUUCCACACUGCAGAAUAUCCACCCCAGUAAAACAAGCUAGCCUUUGUUCAGCUGAGGGCUGGCAGACACAAAGUGGCUCCAACAGUCUUCUGUACCAAGCAAAGCAUCUAAAAGGAAAAGAGGGAAAAAAUUCUACCAAUGGGUGGUAGAAUUUUCAUUGAAUUCACCUCACAGUACAUUAUGGUUUUGUGAAGAUUCUACCUGCUUAGGUUUCAAACCCACACAAUUGUAUUUUCCAUCAUGGGCAAAUUAAAAGGCUUGCUUUGGGUUGCUUAUAAGAGAAUGUGAACAUCUGUUUUUCUGUGGUAUGAUUUCCUCAUGUAGUCUUAUUAAACAACUUUCUACAAGUCAAA